AUGAACUAGAUCGAUCAAAAUGAUGAAGAGUAUUAGAAAUAUCUAUAAAAAAUUGGAAUGGUCCCAAAUAUUUAAGUUAUUAAAUAUUAAAGAUUUAAUAAUCAAAGUAACAGCACUGUUUAAGAGAUGUCUUUACAAUUUAAUAAGCAUUACGAAAAGGAACCAAUUUUUUAAACAAUUAAUUCAAUAAAAAUUCUAAAUAAUUAUUGUAAAUCUGAUUUUCGCGCUAAAAAAUAUUCCGCCCAUUUAUAAAAUUUUAAAUAAGAUGAUGAAAAAUUCAAUUAGAUGAAAUCAUAAUCAAAUCUCUGUUCUAAGAAAAGAAAUACGAUAAAUAAUCCAUUUACUACUUCAACAUUGAUUGAAGAUACAACAUCCAACUCAUCUCAAUACAAUUUGAAACUGGAUUUAUAUAGCCCACAUUCAACUCUUGAUUUUACAAAUAAUCACAUUUUAUAAUUACCGAAAUUUCAGUUGGAUUGUGUCUAAUCUUUUGAAAAAAAUUAUUCUUCUUCCUCUGUAAAUCAGGAAGAGAUUAAUUCAAAUGAUAAUACUUAAAAUAAUAUAGAAUUAAGUUUUAAAAAUGAAUCCAAAAACCAAAAAAACAUAGAUUCAAAUAAAUAGCUUACCUAUGACAUAUAAAAUAAAUAAAUUGAAAAUCUAUAAUCUUGUAAUCUUAAUUUUAUUGAUGAGCAAUAAGUUUAUUCAAAUAAAGACCCCAAAUAAAAUUUGAUUUUAAUUUAGAAUGAGGCAAUGGUGAAAAAAUAACACGAAACUCAACUUUCUUUUUUGCCUAUGAAUCAGCAAGAAAUUAGUUUAAGUAAAAAGAAGGUUAUAACAAAAAAGCAAAAAGAAAAAUAAAAGAAAAGCAGAAAAAUAAAUAAAAUAAAGAGAAGAUAAAAAAGAAAAAUCCAGUCUAAAAAUCAUGAUGAUAUGAAAAAAAUUAUACCGAAUUAAUUUUUUAGCUUGGAUUUAAAACUAAUUAAAUAAUAACAAUUUGAUACAGAUUAGGAAAUAAAGAAAAAUUAACAAAUAGAAAAUCCAGUUUGUAAAAUGUUGAAGAAGAUUAUUUUUGAAUUUUCAAAGAUACCUAAAAUAUAGAAUAAGAAAAGUCAAAAUCUCCUUUAUAAGUAAAUUAUUAAGUAUAUAAUUUUAUCAUUAAUUUAGAAAAAGAAAGAAUUUAAAAAGAACUCAAAAAAUUUAUAAAAGAAAAUAUUGA